CUACACAAAACAAACCACAUGUUACUCUAUUUUUUCUUCAUGUAGUAUUUGUUAUAGUAUCAACUCAAAACACAAUAAUUAAGCCAGAUUAUCUAUAAUAUAAAAUGGUUAUGAAAAAAGAAUGUGUGAAACCCUCGGUAGCGGAAGUCCAUUACCGGGGAGUGCGAAAGCGGCCGUGGGGACGUUACGCGGCCGAGAUUCGCGACCCCGGUACUAAAACACGUGUUUGGUUGGGUACUUUUGAUACCGCGGAAGCGGCAGCAAGAGCAUAUGACUCCGCCGCCAUUAACUUCCGAGGAUCAAAAGCCAAGAUCAACUUUCCACCGGCCCAAUGUAGCACUGUUGAGUCUUCUAGUCAGAAAAGUCAAAAUAACAAGUCAACGAUUGAACUACUUGAUCUCAAGGAGGGGAGUCAACAAAAUGUGGUAUUUGUAAAUCAAGUGCAUCACCCUGUAAUGAUAUUUGGAGUGCGACAUCAUGGGGUCUACCCAAACCAUUAUCAAAUAGAGUUAAACCUUGAUGGCAAUAAUGGCGGCGGCGGCGACGGUAGGGCGGAAAGUGAGUCGGGCUCGUCGUCUGUGGCUGAUGAUUCGCCAUGCGAUAGCAAAAGAGAGUUGCGGCUGCUUAACCUUGAUCUAAAUUUAGCUCCCCCAACGAUAGAAGUUUAAUUGAUAAGUUAAUCAAGUGUAUUUAUAAAAGUAGUAAUGAUAUUGAGAAACCAAGUUUAUUUAAUUUAAAAGUAAGGAAAUCCUAAUUUAUUUAUUAGGGUUUUGUUUAUUUAAAUUUUAAAAA